AUGAUGCGUUUUGAGAGAUGUAAAGUGGAUGAUAUGUAUGGUAUUCAUAUCAAACGAAUUACAAAAAAGCAUGCCCCAACAUCUUUCCAUAGGUUAGCGUUGGAGAAGUAUCACGUUACAUCAAUACAACAAUUUGUCCUUGCGACAGAUCGCCGAAAUGCUGAAUUGUUCAUUGAACACUACGGAACAUCAUUCAAUUAUUUCAAGACACAUGAUACGUUAGAACGAGAAGGGAAAGGAAGACACAGGCUAAUGAAUGGCCCAGUUCGACGACAUCUCCAACAAAUUAUGCCACAACAGCCUAGUGAUAGAUUAUUAUCAAUUACUGAUCGAGUGGAACAACGUAAUGGCGUCACAGUUAGUCCUCGAAUACUUCAAGAAGCGCGUCUUAACGAAAACUACAAUCCAGUUCACGCAAGAGUUCACUGGCAGAUAAACGAACAGCAAGCUGCACGUCGAUUUCAGUGUUGCUAUGCAAACAGAUCAAACUACCGGCAGAAUAUAAUUUUUUCCGACGAAAAGAACUUUCAAGUGGAUGAAACUGGUACUGUUUAUGGGAUUCUUAUUGGUGGUUCUCGACCAAGAACAUUUGUAGGUUAA